AUGGAGAGAGUAAAGACCUGGAGACUGGAUUUAUCUGUUAUAACAUGGAGAGGACUGUCUUUUCUCUCUGCCUCAUUCUGUUGUUCUGAGUCAUGGCGACCUCUCUGCUCAGCAGGCAGCUGGUCCUCUCCCCUACAGCAGAACCUCAGGCUCACUGCACCAGGCUGCAGGUAUGCGAGUAAGGCAGCAGCUAAGACUCAGAUGGAGUUUGAAUACGACGGGCCCUCCAUGAAGACCGAGGUCCCAGGACCCCGUUCAAGCCUCCCCUCCCUCCUCCUCCUCCCCCACCAGGAGCUGACCAAACAGUUGGGAGAGAUGCAGAACGUGGGAGCAAUCAAUUUCUUCUGUAACUAUGAGGAGAGCAGAGGAAACUACCUGGUGGACGUGGACGGAAACCGCAUGCUGGACGUCUACACACAGAUCUCCUCUAUUCCUAUUGGAUACAACCAUCCCUCACUCAUUAAAGUGAUGUCCAACCCCAACAAUAUGAGUGCGUUUGUGAACAGGCCAGCUCUUGGGAUCAUGCCACCCGAGAACUUUCCAGAAAAGCUGGCAGAAAGCCUUCUCUCAGUUGCUCCUAGUGGUAUGAGCCGUGUUCAGACCAUGGCCUGUGGAUCCUGCUCUAAUGAGAAUGCAUAUAAAGCCAUGUUCAUCUGGUACAGAGUGAGUACACACACACUGAGUCUACAAAACAUUAAGAACACCUGCUCUUUCAAUCAAAUGUAUUUCUAAAGCUCAGCCGAUGUC